ACUUAUUUCUUUACUCGUCUAAGACUUAAAUCAGAAAAAUAAACAGACGCAAAUACUAUAAUAUAGACUACAAUAAUUUAAUUCAAUAUUAAAUUUCAAAUGUUUAAACAUCUCAAAAGAUUAUUAUUCAUGAUAAACUAUUUUUUUUUCUUUUUUCUUAUUUAUUUUCCUGUUUAUUCUAUUUAAUUUUUGUGGGAAAAAGUUUUUUUUAGGGAAUUAUAUAUAUAUUUAUUUACUUCAAAUUCUUAAUUAAGUAAACUUAAAAUUUCAGGGGGAUGCGGGGCUCCGCCCCCGAAGGCUGAACACAAGUGCCGCAGCCGAAGUAUUGGUGGUCAAAUCUCAAAACUGCAGCUCCGGUUGAAGAAAUGACGAAUUAUGUAUGUAAAGCACAGCCUCCUCCAACGGCAGUCUCAUCCGCUUCGUAUUUUGGACAUUCACUCUUCUUCCAUUCUCCACCUGCAAUCUUAACCAGACCAUGCAGGUCAAAGUUCUGGAGAAUUCGAAAUCUUAGAAUCAGCUGCGAAUACUCUUGUAUCGAAGUUAGGGGUGUUAGCUAUCGACCCCAAGGGACAGAGUUCGACCUUUUGAAUGAUGUUAAUUUUUCCCUUCCAGAGAAAAGUUUUGGUUUGAUCUUUGGACGCAGUGGAAGUGGAAAAACUACUCUGUUGCAGCUUCUCGCAGGGAUAAACAAACCAACAUCAGGUUCCAUUUUUGUUCAAAAGUAUGGAGAUGAUGGCAAGCUGACUCAGACUUCUGAACCAUUGCCUUCAGAAAGAGUUGGUAUUCUCUUUCAGUUUCCUGAGAGGUAUUUUGUGGCAGACAAUGUGCUUGAAGAAGUUACAUUUGGGUGGCCUAGGCAAAGGGGCAGCUUCCAAUUGAAAGAGCAUCUUGCUUUGGGACUAGAGCGAGCUAUUAAUUGGGUUGGAUUGAACGGGAUCUCCUUGGAUAAAGAUCCUCACUCCCUAAGCGGUGGAUACAAACGUCGGCUUGCCCUGGCAAUCCAAUUAGUGCAAAUCCCAGAUUUAUUGAUACUGGAUGAGCCUCUUGCUGGUCUUGAUUGGAAGGCACGUGCGGAUGUUGUUGAGCUGUUAAAGCAUCUAAAAAAAGAAUUAACCAUACUUGUUGUGAGCCAUGAUCUCAAAGAGUUAGCAGCUCUAGUUGAUCGAUCCUGGAGGAUGGAAAUGGGUGGAGUGCUUAAGGAAGAGCCUAUAGCAUUUUAAUCUUGGUGUUACCAUCUGCUACCUCAUCAAUAUAAGUUUUUGUGAAAUUUGAACCAGGUGCUUUUAAUUUAUAUAUAUAUAUAUGUUUUUUUUUUUCUUUCUUCUUCUGGGAAAUUGAAACUAUUUUAAUAUUUGACAUGUAAUCAAAGAAGGAAAAAAAAAAAAAACCACACAAGGUAAUGAAAUCUAGACAGACAGCCUGCAAACCCAUGUCUGCAGUUUAUUGCAGUUGAGAUGAUCUGCUAGGCUGGAAAUGAUACACUAUGCAGGUUAAUUUCUCCUGAGAUUCCAGCCGUUUGAAUUCAUAUCUGUAAUUGCAUAAACAUAUAUGCCAGUGUUCUACAAGACCAUUAGCUGUCUGACACUCCGAAAGAGGCCAAGAUAGGAGUGGCAAUGACAAGUAGAAUUUUGAAUACUUUCCACUACCUAGAAUGAUAGAUUUGCUUGGUGUGAAUGACACCAAGAAUGAUUCUCAAGAUUCAAAUAACAGUUUCAGUUAACUGAAAUCAUUUUUACUAACUAGGAAGAUACAGGAAAUACAAGUAACAGACAGCUUUACAAUCACACUAAGGCAAAUAAGAGGGAUGUCUUCUCUCACCUCACUUGAGUUCAUCAUCACUUAAUUACUCACAACAACAAUUACAUAGUGAAAUAUAUGAUCUUACCAAGUAUCAUGCCCAAAGGAUCACAACUAAUAAUCAUUUCUCACAACUUCGUCAUCUACAACUCCAACACCAAAUCUACAAUGCCAACAUUAGAUAAUGAUUAGUUGUAUACAUCAUCAGAUAUAAUCAUCUUAAUACUCCCAGAGGACAACGGUUAUUGUCUUAACAUAAUGACUACAGUUUUGGUCCUAAAAAUAAUUGCAGCUGCAAUAAGGCAAUAUACAAAUAAAAGGUUAGCAUCAUUUGAGCAGUUUGAUUUUGACAUCAGGAGAUAUUUUCAAGCCUGUGCAAACGUCACAUAGAUUUAAAUGUCAUCAUUAUCCUGUCCCCUUUGUCCAUUAUAUGUCAUCUCAAAUCAGUUGUAUCUUUGGAAAAAUUUUCAGAGAUACUUAUAGUUUUGAUACAUUUUGAAAUUGAAUCAGAUGCAGGCUACAUCUAUUUCUUUAUUGUAUUUUAUUUUAAUUUUUUUAUUGAUUUAUUGCAUGUCUGUGAUUUAUUCUAGAAUGAACCAUGCAAUAAAUAGAAUAGACUGCAAAAUUUAUAAAUGGGUAAAUUUUUGUCCCCAUUGGGACUUGAAUCUGGAACCUCCCACAAACCCUCCCCAUCCCUUUACUACUUGAGCUAGGCCUCAAGGGCUCAAAAUUUAUAAUGUGCUCAGCAGUGGUACAUAAAACUAUUCCAAAGGUCCAUAGAUCACAAAAUUUAUUAUCUAAUAGAGUGAUAAUGGUGUCAAGCCCUCGAAAAUUUUGGCUACAUGGUCAAACUAGUGGGAAGUGUAAAUUUCCCACAGUUUUGGGGGGAGACUGAUCCUGUGUGGGAUUUGGUCAUUGAUGACAAAGCUAACUUGGUUUGUGGCUUGUGAAACCAAUCCAACCUAAGUAUUUAGCACGAGCACUAGGUUAGGAGGCUGAGCUUACAGCUAGUAAUGAAAUGACCUGCCAGUUCAUUGGCUUGCUGGUUUUGUUUGAGUUCAUAAUUAUUCAUUUUGGGUGGGUAUUAUUGUUUUCUUGGUAAUUUGGGUCCACUCACGUUCCAAAUCAUUCAUCUAAAGAUGUCAUUUGUAAUACUUAGUGUUAUAUAACAUAUAGUAAAUAUAAUUCAAAACUAAAAUUGACCCAAGAUAGAACCAGAUUUUGUCAGUUGAAAUUCUGUUAGUCUCCCUUUGGCCAUCGGUUUAGUGUUGGGGGUAAAACAGUGCUAAUUGAUUUAGGUGAGUUCAGUGCCAGUUUAAUUCUAAAUUCAACCAACCCAAAUCAAUUGCAUUUGAUCUUUGGUGUGCCCUUUCUCAGGCUCUUUUAAUACAUAUCCUCAUUUUGCCUAUCAAAAAAAAAAAAUUGUGUUUGAACUAUGGGCUAUUGCAUGUUUGUGAACUAGAAAUGUAAUUUGCUUAUAUACUUACAGUCUGCAUCAGUUUUGAUCCAGUGCUCCCUACUCCCACUUGAGCCACUGUUGCUGAGCAUGUCUUGUGGAAGGUUUAAACAUUGGUUGGCAUCCCUUGAUAUGUAUCCAUGGGGAAACUUUAUGCUGUCUUCAUCUCUAUUAUCACAUCCAUCAUCAUAGAGAGCAUUCUUGAUCUCAUACUUAAACUCCUUUGCAGCUGCAGUAUUCCUUUCAGGAUGAAUUUUUCCAUGGAACAUUCGUAGGACCUGCAUGCCACACACAUGAAAGAAAUUAAGAACUCCAAUACAAAAAUUGCUAGCAUUUCCAUUACUGGUCCAUGGCCAAGCAAAAUAUUUCAGGUAUUUCUGUUUCUUCUGACAAGUGUUGUGAUAUUGGUGUUGAAUACAAAUGGUAUCUUUCUGAUUGUAUACUGGGAUUGUCAGAUAGUGUGAAUUGGCAUGUGAUAUGACCCCAUUAUUAAAGAAGUAGCUGCUUAAAGUGUGUGACAUGAGGAUUCUAAGAUGUGAACAUAUAAUAUAGGGGUGGAAUUAAUGAUUUAUUUACUAGGUUCUUUUUUUCCCUA